AAUUGCCCUUGACACGUUAAAAUAUGGAAAACGUCAGAUAAACUAUUAAAUUGCAAUGGCAAACAAAUUUCACGAAAACAUUUAACCAGUUGAUGCAGAAAACUAGCAUGACCUUAAAUCUGGAUAUACCGCCUUACUAGACGAUAGUUACAUGAGACACUGGAGGUCAAAGUUGUUUUACCGAUCAGUUCAAAGGCAUUGGCGGUCUAGGUGUGUCCAAUGAGACGGAACGAAUCAAUGAAGCAGAGAGUCCUUACUGAAGUUCCAACCAUAAGCGACAUCAAUCACUUGGAGUCGAAAAAGGCACGAUUAGACAGUUUGACAUCAAAUUCUUUACCCGAAUCGUGUGUUCUUCAUGUUCGUGGUUUACCACCGGAUACAACGGAACAUGAAGUUUCCACUUUGGCCAUUCCAUUUGGUUCAAUCGCUAAUAUGAUACUAACUAAAAAAACCUGUCAGGCUCUCAUUGAAAUGGACACUUUGGAAUCGGCUGAAUCUAUGUUUAGUUAUUAUACAACUGUAUGCCCGCCAAAAUUACGCGGCAGAUAUCUUGUAGAAAUUCAGUUUAGCAAAUAUACCUCUCUUACUAAUUCCAAUAAUAAUAAUAAUGCAACUGCGUCUGCCAUUCAAGAAGCGAAUAAACAGUUUGCAGCGUUCCGUAUUGAAAACGAAGAAUCUACUAAAACGGUGUUGCACAUUCAUGUGGAAAGAUUACUCCCAUCUUCAGAGAUCGGAUACUUACCAUUUUUUCUCGCGUUCAGACCUUUUGGGCGAAUACUACGCGUGGUUUCAUUCAGGAAAAAUGAGUCUCGUCAUGCGUUUUUAGAAUUCAGUAAUUCUAUAUCAGCGCAUGUCGCAAAACUGCAAAUGAAUGGUGUACCUUUAUUCCCCGCGGAAGGAAAUUUUUGUAUACUGCGUACCGAAUUCUCAAGACAACCCACUUUAGAAGUCCAUCGGGAAGACAGUAGCAGCAGAGAUUUUACUCGUAACCCGUGGAAUGAAAUUGAUGAAUCACAGGAAAUAGCGUCAAGCAUGAGUGGGAAUAAAAAGUUCCAACCGAUUCUUUCUUCUGUCAAACCCGAUUUGAAUGAUCUCAGUGAAGAAAAGCUUUCAAAUAUGGAUCCAGCGUCUCUAAGCACUUUGGCCAAUAGACUUAUCAAACCUCUACUAAGAGUUGCUGCAUCAGUAUCUGGCCCACAAGCUGAUGUACUUAGAGCACAGGCAUCAGCACUAGGUGGUCUGUCUGCUUUGAUUUCAGAAAACCAAAGUCACUGUGAAUCUUUUUCUUGGCCGAUUAUUCCUAAUGUAUCUGCUCAGGAAGUUACUAAUAAUGCAUCACGUAUUUAUGUUGGUUCACCUGUUGUCUUUGUAUCCAAUUUAAACGAAGAGAAAGUCAAUCCGGAUACGUUGUUCAUACUAUUUGGUGUGUAUGGUGAUGUGCAACGCGUGAAAAUUAUACACAACAAACGAAGCACAGCUCUGGUUCAGUUGACUGAUGCUGCUCAAGCUCUUCGAGCUGUGAACUUUUUGAACGGUGUACCUUUAUAUGGUAAAACUUUACGAUGUAUUCUUUCGAAAAAUAUGUAUAUUAAUAUGCCACAAAAUAGUUUAUAUAUACCUGAUGGUGAUGAAUCACAAAAUACGUGUGAUUAUAGUGGGCACAAACUGCACCGAUUUAGACACGUCAAUUCACGGAAUCACUUUAAUAUCUGUGCUCCAUCUAAAGUUCUUCAUGUGACAAAUCUUCCUGAUGUGGUAGAUGAGGAGAAAUUGAAGACAGUCUUUGAAUAUGCCUGUGAAUGCCAUGUUUCUCGGGUGAAAAUUUUCAAAGCAGAGAAGAAAAUGGCACUUGUAGAAUUAGAAAGUAUGGAGGAGGCGAUUUCAGCUUUAAUUGCAAUGCAUGAUUAUCCCAUCGAAGAGAAAAUGCGUCUUCGUGUUAGUUUCAGUAAAUCAGCUAUCUAACAUUAUUUAUGAAUCAAACACAAUUUGAUGCUUUUAUGUAAUAUGGAAAAAACUUAUCACUAACUUUAUUGUCGUGUCUGUUCCUCUUGGUUACCAUGUUCCUUUUAUCGUACAUUUACGGUUCCACACGUUUUCUUUAUCUCAAUGUUCGUAAAUGUGAUAAAAUGAAUGUGAUAAUAAAUAUAUCUCAAAACAGUUAUUCAUUUGCUUAAAUCACUGGCA